UAGAGAUGGCGCUUAGCAACCCACUACGAGAGUGGCGUAGUUAGAAGGGCUAGAGGUUUCUCCCUCUAUAUAGGCACCUGUAUGCAUGCAAGCACGCAGGAACAUGUUCGAAGAUCGACGCCAUCGACACGACCCAUGCACAAAAAAAUGAGGAGAUAACUCGGCUGCCCAGAAGCAUGGCGUGGCGCCGAUGCGCAGCCGCCCUCGCCCUCAUCUGCAGUAGCGCACACCAGGCGCCACAGCGGGAGCCGCCGGAGCUGCUACUCGCGCUCGGCAUCACGUGCGCGCCCGACAACCAAGCGUACCGCGACGCUGCGCGGUUGCACGUCGCGCCGGUGGCCGGGAAAGAACACGUCGCGCUGCGCUUCGUUCUCGGCGCGGAGGCCACGCGCGCGCCCGCGAUCCGGCAGGAGAACGCGACGCGCGGCGACCUGCUCGGCGUCGCGUGUCCCGAGGGCGGCGGUCCUUUCAAGCAGGCGGUAUUGGCGUGCAAGGUGCGCGCGUGGUAUUCCGCCGCUUUAAGAGAUCUACCCCCGGCGCUCUGGUACGGUAAGCUCGAGGACGACCACUGGGUGGCAAUUGGAAGCCUCGCGUUCGACCUCCGGAACCUCGCAGGGCGCGCGCGCGCCGAAUACGUUGCGUACGGGUCCCUCGCUUGGCUCCAGUACGACGCAGUCCGCUUUUGGAACCGCACGUUCGACGUCGCCACGCCGGCGCUCGUCGCGCGGUUCGGGAGCGUGGAAAUGAUUCAAACCAAGCACUUCUGGAAGCGCAUGGACGGGGGCUGCUACCGCGGACCGAACCUGGCAUUUCCUCAUGGUAGGUUGCUGAACGCAUCGUACCUCGGUGCCUUGGAAAUCCACUUUUCCAAGAAAAACUGUAUUUACCAAAGAAGCAUUGAGGCUGCCCCCACAAUCUUUCCAUUCCUGGUGUCGGGCGAGAUUUUAUCUGCUCCUCUCGCAAAAGCAGUCGCUGCGUGCAGAUAUGCGACAGAUUUUGUAAAACGCCACGUCGAGGCGGUCGCAGCUGCGCCCGUGCUGGCGACGCGUGAGGCCCUGCGCCACAAGGCGGCCUUUGCGCCCGGUGGCGACGCGCUGUCGGGCCAUUUCUGGCGACGGUGCCUCGCGCCGGGCGCGCGCCUCUUGCUGGCGGUCCUGCCGUUUCGUAGGGCCCAUAACGGGCCACUAAGCACCAGCCGGAACAGCGCACCACCAACGACCGAGAGCAUCCUCAUCCACCCGCUGAAGUUCCACAGCGCCGCAGCACGAGCGUGGUUCGAACGCGCUGCAGUGGUCUCCACUGGCCGCGUGACGACGCCGCGGCCACCACUGCUGUUCGAGUACCGCUCGCCGCGCGACGGGAGCCCAGCGACGCUGCGGCACGCGUCUCCACGCGCUGCGCUUGCGAACGUCCGACAGAUCGUCCACGAGGACUCGCUGAACACCGUCGUACAGCGCCGCCAAGCAAUUGCAGCUGCCGUCCGGUUUGCCCUGCGGUUGCCGGACGCAGUACCCGACGUCGAGAGAGAAUUCCUUGCGUCGAUGGUCGAUGGCGGCGGCGACAGCGACGGUGAUGCCACCGCCGACAUUGGCUCGUUUUUGCGGCGCUUCGAGGCCGAGGCGGUGGCUUCUCGGGAGCCGGAUCCGCCUUUCUCGUUUUCGCGGAGCAGCACUGGCGCGAUCCCUCUUCGCGACUUGCGCCCUCCCCCGCCCGACUCAGAGUGGCUAGCCUUCAUGGCGCCGGACCGUCCCGGAUCGCCGCCGCCUGCGUGGUGGUCUCGUGCGCCGCCCAUGUGGUGAGGCCUGUUCUAACACUUUUUUGUCGCACUUGAA